CUACCAAUCUCCAAGCUGCUCGAUCAAAUCACCACCACUUUCACCAGCGAUCUGCGCAGUAUCAGGGAUCCAGCACCGGGAAUAAUAUCUCCGUCGAGAACAGCUGGCAUUCGCCGGAAAGUGCCGGCACUGAAGUGACGGAGGAGGAUAAAAAUGCAAAUCUUUGUUUAAGGCGCGGUUUGGUAACUGUAAGCCCCCGAACGGGACGGCUUUCUGCUGGGUGUGGCCGCUCUGCCAGUCUGCUAGCUUCUCGUCGACGGAGUAAAAUGAGGCAGCGACCUGUUGUUGCAAAACCCAUUACCGUCGAAACCGAUGAUCAACUCUCCUCUCGGCAGAAUAGUGGAGAGAAGAGGUCCCGCGAACCCACUUCACUUUCGUCCCCAACUGAUAGUACCAUCUUCUUGCUCUGUUUGGCGUUUCGGAUAGUUAAUUCGCUUCUUAUACAGACGUAUUUCAACCCAGAUGAGCACUGGCAAUCUCUGGAAGUUGCACACCGCUUAGUUUUCGGAUAUGGUCAUUUGACUUGGGAAUGGAGGAAGGGAAUUCGUGGUUAUUUGCACCCGUUGAUCUUUGCUGGAUUAUACAAAGUUUUGGCAUUUUUGGGUAUUGAUACUCCAUGGCUGAUGGUAAAGUCUCCAAGGUUGCUACAAGCCUUGUUUUCAGCAGUUGGCGAUUUGUACUGCUACAAAUUUUCUUCUGUUAUCUUUGGUACCAUUGCUGCAAGAUGGGCUCUUUUCGCUCAGUUGACCAAUUGGUUCAUGUUCUUUUGCUUCAACCGCACAUUAUCAAAUAGUCUGGAAGCUGUUCUUACACUGGUGGGUCUGUAUCACUGGCCUUGUAUGCGAAUCUCUCCAAGUGAUGCUUCCCUGGUUUCAAGGAAGUUGGGUUUGGCGAUAGCAGGACUAGCUUGUGCAAUCCGACCAACAUGUGCUAUUAUAUGGGUUUACAUUGGUUUCCUUGAGUUGCUUCUUACACGUGACAGGUUAAGAUUUGUUGCUCUAGAAGUGGUCCCUAUAGGGGCGCUCAUGCUUGGACUUUCAAGCAUAGUUGAUCGUGUCAUGUACAACUCCUGGAUAUUUGUACCUCUGAAUUUCCUGAAGUUCAAUUUUCUUUCCUCUGGUGGAGAUUAUUAUGGAACUCACCCGUGGCACUGGUACUUUUCUCAAGGAUUUUCAGUUAUGCUCUUCACUUUCUUACCAUUCUCAAUAGCUGGGAUCAUCAAGUCGAAAUAUUGGAAGCUUUCUGGCCUUGUUGCAUGGGUGUUAACUCUCUACAGUGUACUGGGUCACAAAGAAUUCAGGUUUGUUUUACCGGUGCUUCCAAUAGGUUUGAUGUUUUCUGGAUAUUCAUUGGCCGUGAUGGCAAAACCUGCUCCCCCAAAUAGCAGAAGGAGAAGCUCUCCAUGUUACAAAUGUUGUUCGCAAGCUGGAUUUGCUGUCUUCUUCUUGCUCGCCACUAAUAUCCCAAUGGCCCUGUACAUGAGUUUGGUCCAUCAGAGAGGAACUGAAGACGUGAUGAUCUACUUAUCCAAAGAAGCUCGUGGUGAUAAAGUCAGCCAUAUUCUCUUCUUAAUGCCUUGCCAUGCCACACCUUACUACUCCACUCUGCACCACAAGGUCGCAAUGCGUUUCCUGGACUGUACGCCAAGCGAAGAGAAAGGAAUCCCAGAUGAAUCGGAUAGAUUCAUGAUUGAUCCAGUUGGGUUUAUGGAGGAAUUCUCAAAGAACUGGUCUCUACCUAGUCAUAUUGUGUUAUUCAAAUCACAGGAACAACUGUUGAGGGAUUUCUUGGUUUUACAUUCCUUUAGAGAGUCGCAGAGGUUUUUCCAUGCCCACUUCAAGGUGGACCGCGAUCUCCAAGCUUCCGUUGUCAUCUACACUUCGGACCACCUUUGACGAAGUCCUUCAUUUGUCUUUGAUAAUUCAACACAUCUGAAUGACUGAAACAGCUAGGAGCAGCAGUUCCGGUGUCAGACUUGCCUUGCCGUGGAUUGCUGAUUCAAUUUGGCGUUUCAUUUCCUCAACAAACAAUCACCAGUUUUCUUUUCUCCAUUCCAUUUCUAUGAGGAGGCUUUUUUAUUAGCCCGGUUACUUGUUUCAAGUACUUGUUGACAUUGUAGUAUGCAGGAUAGUUAAAGUUCACAUAAGUUUUUGUUUAGAAAGACCGAAGCAUCAUUGUCGGUUUGCAAUGAGCACCACUAUGGCAAAGAGCACCAGUAUUAGGACGUCCUAACACCAAUAGUUGUUAGAAGAAGCGUAAUUGGGUUGAAUGCGAGCAGGGUUUGUGGUAAUUAUUCUCACUCAUACUCAUCCAGGUCUGUCGGCUCAGGAAAAACUCAUUCAACACUCGAUUUGUUUAUUAAUGAGCUGAGUUUGAGCUAAGCUUUGUUCGGGUUGCUAACUAGCUCAACUCAAGGGCUUAUUGAGCUCAAUCUUGAGCUAGCUCGUUUUAAGAUAUUAUCUUGCUCGAUAGUGUGGCUAACGAGCCACCUCGACUAGCGGCUUCAGAGUGAAUCGAUUUAUAGCUCAUAAGUUGCAUUAUUGAUAAUUCAUAGAUUUGUUAGUUUAUGUAUCUCAUUACAUAUUGUGUUGACUAUGAGUAUAUGAACAAAUAUGUUCCAUUUAUAAUUUGAAAGAUAAAUAAUGUAUCAUAGAUUGCUUACAUGGUUUAGAUACUAACUACUAUAAAAUAAUAUGAUAUGAACAAUUAAAAUUGACAAACUAAAUAAUAUGACGCUUGAGCUUGAGAGAUGUUGCUAGCUAAUUGAUGGGCCACGCUCAAUUAUAGCUAGCGAGUUCAUUAUAUGUCGAGCUACGGAGCUAGAGCUCCACUCAUUUAUUAAAGAGCUGAGUUUAAAUUAAGUCCAAAUUUGAAU